GCCGCGGGCCGAACAUGGCGGCCCAGGUUUCCGUACAGUGACGUCGUUCGCUGUUUUGGUGACAGAGCGCGGCCGGUGAGGCGGGAGAGGUAACCCGGCAGAGACAGCCAUGCCUCGGGAGAUCAUCACCCUGCAGCUCGGCCAGUGCGGCAAUCAGAUUGGGUUUGAAUUCUGGAAGCAACUCUGUGCCGAGCAUGGAAUCAGUCCAGAAGGGAUUGUUGAGGAGUUUGCAACCGAAGGAACAGAUCGUAAAGAUGUGUUUUUUUAUCAGGCUGAUGAUGAGCAUUACAUUCCGCGAGCUGUACUUUUGGACUUGGAACCUCGGGUUAUCCAUUCCAUUUUAAAUUCUCCAUAUGCCAAUCUCUACAACCCGGAAAACAUUUAUCUGUCUGAACAUGGAGGAGGAGCUGGGAACAACUGGGCCAGUGGUUUUUCACAGGGUGAAAAAAUCCAUGAAGAUAUCUUUGAUAUUAUUGACCGCGAGGCAGAUGGAAGCGACAGUCUUGAGGGAUUUGUUCUAUGCCAUUCGAUAGCUGGAGGAACAGGUUCUGGAUUAGGAUCCUACCUUUUGGAAAGAUUAAAUGACAGAUACCCAAAGAAACUGGUGCAGACGUACUCGGUGUUCCCAAAUCAAGAUGAAAUGAGUGAUGUGGUGGUGCAGCCUUACAAUUCACUUCUAACGCUUAAGCGGCUGACACAGAAUGCAGAUUGUGUGGUUGUUUUAGAUAACACGGCUCUGAAUAGAAUUGCUACUGACAGACUUCACAUACAAAAUCCAUCCUUCUCUCAGAUUAACCAGUUGGUGUCCACUAUUAUGUCCGCUAGCACCACUACGUUAAGAUACCCAGGCUACAUGAACAACGACCUGAUUGGUCUUAUUGCAUCCUUAAUCCCCACACCUCGUCUGCACUUUCUAAUGACUGGAUAUACACCCCUGACAACUGACCAAUCCGUGGCCAGUGUGCGCAAGACCACAGUUCUGGACGUCAUGAGGAGAUUAUUGCAGCCCAAAAAUGUUAUGGUGUCCACGGGCCGAGACCGUCAAACAAACCACUGCUACAUAGCUAUACUAAACAUCAUCCAAGGCGAAGUGGAUCCAACACAGGUACACAAGAGCCUGCAAAGGAUCAGAGAGAGGAAGCUGGCUAACUUUAUUCCAUGGGGUCCUGCAAGUAUACAGGUUGCUCUAUCCAGAAAAUCUCCCUACCUCCCAUCUGCACACAGAGUCAGUGGGCUAAUGAUGGCCAAUCAUACAAACAUCUCCUCGCUAUUCGAGAGGACCUGCCGACAGUAUGACAAGCUGCGUAAGCGUGAGGCUUUUCUGGAGCAGUUCCGCAAGGAAGAUAUAUUCAAGGACAACUUUGAUGAGUUGGACAACUCCAGGGAGAUAGUGCAACAACUAAUUGAUGAAUAUCAUGCAGCCACCCGCCCAGAUUAUAUCUCAUGGGGAACCCAGGAUAAAUAAAGUAGGGUGGGAGGGAAAACAUGGGACGGAAGCCAGGUGCCCACCAAUAAAAAAAAUGGAUGCUAGGUUCUUUCUAAAUCCAGAAAGUCAAAGAACUCUACUGAACUGUACUGAUGCAAAGCUGGAGCCAGAACAUUUGCCAUAAGUAGACUGAUAUCCUCUCAAACUGUUUGACCGAAUUAGUUCCAGACCGAAGUUCACUUCUCUAGUCUUUAUCCUGAAUACUUCUAAGUAAGGAGUUGCCGUCUAAAACUUACGUGGCCACGUGUUGUCCUGUUAGGAAUCUGUACCAUUGACCAGAAACAGCCAUGUUACAACACUUAUGGCUUGAUGAAAAAUAUCCAUUACACCUCUCCAAUGUUCUCAAGCUUGAAAAAUUCAAUUUAUCCAGACCUCACUUUCAGAUUUAGUUUCAGGCACCUGUAUUUGUGUUCCUCGCAGUGCAUGACCGAAUAAGUGGUUUCAUAGGUUUCCUUCCAGGGGGCAGGAGUAUUGUAUUUGUUUCGAGUAAUAAUGCAUACCCUGUAGACUAUUUUUAUACAAUGUACCUUGAAAGAAAACCCUCAUGGGACUUGAUGGUGAGUAUAAAGUUGCCUUAUUUGUUAGCAGACAGAUGUAAUAUGUUAAUGUUUCAGAAUGACACACUGCACUUCUAUGAAGAGAAACACUGGAGCCAUAAACAGAGAAUAUGGGAGUACCAUUUUGCCCUACAAACUAUUUACUGGGACAGAACUUCUUACAUUACAGCAUAGCAUUUUCUGGAAGUAGUGAGUACAUUACUUCACCACAUUUCACCGGCUUUAUCACUGGAGCAUCCCAGUGUUUUGAAUCUGUACUCUUAAUAAGUUUCCCCUAGGAGUGCUAGAAAUAAACCCAUUGGGCUAUUUAUUACACACACACACACACUGAAAUAAUUAUAUAUAUGUGUGUGUAUGUGUAUAUAUAUAUAUAUAUAUACACACACACAUAUAUAAUUAUUUUUAUUUUUGCUUGAUUGUAUCUUUAGAUAUGCUAUUCUUUCUAAUGGAGUUAGUGUCCCAUCCUCCCCAUCACUGAGUGUUUGUGUGCAGAUACAGACCGAUUCCUCACUCACCAGGAAGAGGUUCCACCUUUUUGCUUGAGGUUAAUAGGAUGCGUAACCCAUUCCCCAACUUCAAUUUAUAGCAUAAGAUAAGGUGAUAGGAGUCAUGUUGCAGCAGCUAUCACUCUAUACACAACCUGAUUCACAGUUUUAUGAACCAGGUUGUGUGCAGAGGACAACAGACCUCCACAAUAACUGCACUUAAUCUCCACUGGUGACAACAUAAUUUGUAAUUCUGCCUUUAUUUAAACCUCCACUUGCUGUGCAUUAUAGGAAAGUCUGUUGGACAGAAAUGUUGAACAUUAUUAUUGCCUUUGUAUGCUAAGAAAGUUCCACUACUACUCUCUUUCAAGGUACCUAUAGAUAAGCACUAGGGCGCUUACAAGCUAUUGAUGGUUAGUACGUUGCCCAAGUAUUGUGUGUGUGUAUGUAUAUAUACCAUUGCUUAUUUUGUGACAUGUUUGGAGGUAAUCAUACUUUCAGACAUUGGCCUUCUCACACAAUUGGCAUUUGUAACAUUAAAUAUUAUUGAUAUAAA